ACAAUUAGUGAAAUGUAUACCUUCCUGGUGACAGUCCUCCUCAUGGGGAUAGUAAAGAAGAACUCCCUAAGAGACUACUGGAGCACAGAUCCUAUGUUUGCAACUCCCUUCUUUGCCACCCUCUUUUCCCAAGACCGCUUCCUAAUUCUGCUGCGAUGCCUGCAUUUCGUCAACAAUGCUACUGCCAUCCUAAGUGACCCGUUAUACAAAAUAAGAAUUGUUCUUAUCAGCCUGACAUCAGCAUUUGGUCGGGUCUUUGUGCCAUACAAGGACCUAUGCAUUGAUGAGUCCCUGAUGUUAUGGAAAGGUAGGCUGGUGUUCCGUCAAUAUAUUCCCUCCAAAAGGCACAGGUUUGGGGUCAAGUUCUUUGUCAUGUGCGACGUGAAGACAGGAUAUGUCCUGGAUAUUAUAGUGUACACAGGGUCUACCACUGACAUCAAACAUUAUGAGGGGCUUGGGGUGUCUGGGUCCGUGGUGAUGACCAUGCUGGCUCCUCAUCUCGGCAAGGGACACACUUUGUACGUGGACAAUUGGUACAGCAGUCCCACACUCUUCCAGCAUCUGCUCUCCAACAGCACAGGGGCCUGUGGCACAGUCAGGUCGAACAGGAAGGGGAUGCCGGCAUUCGGAUGCAGGAAGAUGCAGAGAGGGGAGGUGGAGUUCCAGGAGAACGGUCAACAGCUGGCAGUAAAGUGGCAUGACAAAAGAGACGUCCAUGUCCUCUCCACUGUCCAUACAGCAACCAUGUCGGCCACAGGGAAGGUGGACCACCUGACGGGAGAGAGAAAGAUAAAACCAGAUUGUGUGCUAGACUAUAACCUCAAAAUGGGGGCCGUGGAUAAGGCGGACAUGAUAAACAGCUUUGUGGAAUGCACUCGGAAAACGACCAAGUGCUAUAAGAAGAUAUUUUUCCAGCUGAUCGACACUGCUGUCCUCAACGGCAGCAUAGUUCACCGCCAACUAACAGGUAAAGUAAUUACCUACCAAAAAUACAGAGAGAACCUCAUGAGAGAGCUGUUGGAGGAGCACCACACCCCUCGGCGCCCCUCCACUGGGGGUCGCCCUGCUUUAGACAAUCCCCUACGCCUCACUGCACGGCAUUUUCCCUGCAAAGUCCCUCAAACUGCUGCUCAAGGUAGUCGCACACGGAGGCACUGCAAAGUCUGCCUGUCUGGCGCCAGGAGAAGUAAGCAGAGGAAGAUGACAAAAUACAUGUGUUUAGCUUGUGAUACACCUCUAUGUAUUUCACCAUGCUUUGAGGAGUAUCACAUGCUCAAGCAUUAUUGAGCACAUCUGCAGCAAUAAGUGACUGACUGACCUGACAGGUGACUUGACAGGUGACCUGCCAUGAUACUAUGCCUUUAGAGG